ACAAAAUGGGGAUACAGGGUCUAUUACCUCUAUUGAAAUCGAUAAUGGUUCCGAUUCACAUUAAGGAUCUGGAGGGCUGUUCGGUUGCCAUUGAUACGUAUUCAUGGCUUCACAAAGGUGCUCUUUCUUGCAGUAAAGACCUCUGCAAAUCCCAACCCACUUCCAAGCAUGUCGAUUAUUGCAUGCACAGAGUGAAUUUGCUGCGACAUUAUGGUGUGAAACCCAUUCUAGUAUUUGAUGGAGGACACUUGCCAAUGAAGAAUGAGCAGGAGAUUAAUCGUGCAAGGUCAAGGAAGGAAAAUCUUGCCCGUGCUAUUGAACAUGAAUCAUGUGGAAAUGCAUCAGCAGCUUAUGAAUGCUAUCAAAAAGCAGUUGAUAUAUCACCUGCAAUUGCGCAUGAUUUAAUUCAGGUGUUGAAACAAGAAAAUAUAUCAUAUGUCGUCGCUCCUUAUGAGGCUGAUGCCCAAAUGACUUUUUUGGCCAUUAGCAAACAUGUUGAUGCUGUCAUCACCGAAGACUCGGACUUAAUACCAUUUGGUUGCCCAAGGAUUAUCUACAAGAUGGACAAAUAUGGGCAAGGUGUUGAAUUUCAGCACUCGAAACUACAACAGAAUAAAGAAUUGAAUUUGACUGGUUUCACCAAGCAAAUGAUUCUUGAAAUGUGCAUACUCAGCGGGUGUGACUAUUUGCAAUCUCUGCCAGGAAUGGGCUUGAAAAAAGCUCAUGCACUAAUAAAGAAACUUAAAAGCUACGACAAGGUGAUCAAGCACAUUAAAUUUAGUGGCAUUGUUGUUCCACCUCUGUAUGAAGAAUCAUUUAGGAAAGCAAUAAUGACUUUCCAACAUCAACUUGUUUAUGAUCCUAUCAAAGAAGAUGUUGUUCAUUUGUCAGAUUUGCCUGACGAAUUUGAUGAAGAUUCAGAUUUCUUAGGGCCAUUGAUACCCCAAAAUCUUGCUAAAGGCAUAGCAAGUGGAGAUAUCGAUCCUUUUACCAGAAUGCCAAUCCAGGGAGAGUGUGUUGAAGAAAGACCAUCUCUUGGUGGAACAUACAAUUUUACCAGCUCUAAAUCCAGCAGUUCAAACAAAAAACUGGACUUGCCUGCACAGAAAAAUCUUGUAACCAACUACUUUUGUUUUGCAACUGUUGAAGCAAAGAGGGAAUUCAGGGCUCCACGAGUUUCACCAAAACACUCAAAUUCGAUAAGUGCAAUUCCUCAUAUUGACCUAAGCGAAGAAAUUGUAGAUGCUGUAGCUGCAGGAAAGCCCGCGAUGGUUUUGGAACCGGACUCUCACGAUGACAUGAGAAGGGUAAAACACUCAAAGCAUACGAUACACCCGUGUAUAUUCUCAAAGAAGUUGGAAGCUAGUACUUCCUUGGAUGCAAUUAAUGGAAAAACAAGAGUGGAAAAGAACAAGAUUGUGGUGAGAAGUCGUUAUUUUCAGCACAAAAGCUCAGAGGACAAUGAUCUGGCAAACACUAAAUCAGACCUCUCAGAUGGUGAUCAUAUAGUCUCGGAUGCAAGCAAGAAUGCAACUUCUGAUGGUGAACCGGUAUCUGCUGUAAGCUCGGCUGAGGUGAAAAGGGAAUUAGAGACAAGGAAACUUGAUAAGAGCCGUUAUUUUCAGCACAAAAAUUCGGAAGCAAAUGAUCUGGCAAACACUAAAUCAGACCUCUCAAUUGGUGAUGAUGAGGUCAUGCUUGCAAGCAAGACUGCAACUUAUGAUGGUGAAUCCAUUAAUGCUUGUAGCUCGGCUGAGGUCAAAACAGGAAUAGAGACCAGGAAACUUAAUAGAAGUCGUUAUUUUAUGCACAACAAUCAAGGAAACACAAAUGCAACGCAUAUAGAGGCGAGCAACUAUGAAACGUUAACCACGAAAAGGAAGUACCCCGUCGAAGACAACAGUGCUCCAAAAGAAAAUCAAAACCAAAAAUAUAUGCGGGCAAGUCAAUCUCUUGCUGAUCAAGAUGUGGACACUCUCGAUCUUGAUGAUCGUACGCAAGUAACUAGAGACGAAGAUGAGAAAUUCGGAUGCAACAUAUCCCAUUUGGGAAAGUAUUCAGAAAUAGCUGAGAAAUCAAUGGAAAAAUUCAUUUCUGUUAUAUCAUCAUUCAAAUACACUUCAUCUGGUUCUCGUGCCAGUGGGCUACGAGCCCCUCUUAAGGAUAUAAGAAACACAUUUACGAAAAAGUCAUCCCCCAUUGAUGAAAUAAGCAAAUUUGCUUACACCCACCAAAACAAGCCGUUACCAUGCCGAAGACCCUAAAAAUCAUUUGUACUUGAAAUAUUUGUCGUAUUAUUUUACAGGCAUGAAUGUCUGAAUUUUACCCGAUUCUUGCAUCCAAAGUGAGAUGUUAAAUGAAUGUAAAUGUAUAAAGUUAUCUCUUCUAGGUUAUUUUUUUGAUUAGACA